UUUGAUGCCAACUUUCAAUGAUGUUAGUGAAGAAUUUGCAAUGUGAAGAUGGUGUCUGUGUUAUGCUUACAGGGAGAGUUGAAGCUGGUGGCAGGGAGAUUGAGCGACCAUAAACCAACUGCAUUUUCCCAUACAAUGGCGAGGAUACUGCAGGUAUACUUGAAGUUUCAUGACUACUGCUCACCAGCAGUAGUAACCGGAAAAAACCAGCAGAAGAUCACUCUACAUAGCUGCCGAACAGAAUUUCUUUUCCCAUUUGCAGAAAACCAGAAACUAGCACCAGAACAAUCCAGACAGACCUCCAGGAUCACAUGCACAAAGGAUCAUCACAGCAGGGUUCCAGAACAGGGCAGUCAAACUGUCCGGCCUGAAUACAAACACCAGAGUUUGUAG